GCAGCUGGCACACCGCACUGAUCCGAAGCCAGGAGCCAGGUGCUUCUCCUGGUCUCCCAUGUGGGUGCAGGGCCCAAGGACCUGUGCCAUCCUCCACUGCACUCCCGGGCCACAGCAGAGAGCUGGACUGGAAGAGGGGCAACCAGGACAGAAUCCGGCGCCCCAACCGAGACUAGAACCCGGGGUGCCGGCACCACAGGCGGAGGAUUAGCCGCGGUGCUGGCCCAUAAUUGAUCUUAAAGAUAGGAUUAAGUGUUUAAGGGAUCACAUAAAUAAGACCAGUGUCUGUUAAUAAUAAUUUAUACAAUUAAAAAGGAGAGAAUUACCAAACAUGGAAAGCGCGAUACACAGCAGACUCAUAGAAUGGCAAAUGCCCUAAUCAGCAUUCUGGCCUCAGAAUCAGCCCUUAAGGCAUUUGGAUCUGGCUAAAAAGCCCAUGAGAGUUUCUCAGGCAGGGAAAGCCAAGACACUGUGGCAGAAAAUGACCUAAAUGAAAGAUCUCUGUGAGUGAGAUCCCAGAGGAAAGAAUGGGCCAUCAAAGAAGGAGGUACCAAUCUCUGAAGGGAGGAGAGAACUUCCACUUUGAUUAUGGCCUUGUCUAAAUAAGGUCGGAGUUUGUGAACUCAAGAGGCUUCCAUAGCCUUGGCAGCUCAUACCAAGAGCCUUGGGUGACUACUGACGAUAAAUAAGAGUGUCAAUUGUUAAAUCAACAACAGGAGUCACUGUGCACUUACUCCCCAUGUAGGACCUUUGUCCUUAAUGUGUUGUACUAUGCAAAUUAACGGUAAAACUAGUCUUCAAACAGUACUUUAUACUUUGUGUGCUGUGUGGGUGUAAACUGUUGAAAUCUUUACUUAGUAUAUACUAAGUUGAUCUUCUGUAUAUGAAGAUAAUUAAAAAUGAAUCUUAAUGAAGAAUAGGAUGGGAGAGGGAGUAGGAGAUGGGAUGGUUUGUGGGUGGUAGGGUAGUUAUGGGGGGAAAAACCGCUAUACUCCAAAAGUUGUACUUUCAAAAUUUAUUAAAUAAAAGUUUUCUAAAAAAAAAAAAAAGAUUGGGACAUUGGGGACCAGUGAUAUAGUGCAGUAAAUUAAGCUGCCACCUGGAAUGUUGGCAUCCCAUGUUGGAGUGCUGGUUCAAGUCCUGGCUGCGUUGCUUCUGAUUCAGCUCUCUGCUAAUGCUGCUGGGAAGGCAGUGGAAGAUGGACCAAUUACUUGGACCCCUGCCACCCACAUAUGAGACCUGGGUAGAGUACCAAGCUCCUGGCUUCCCUCUGGCCCAGCCUCAGCUUUUGCAGCCAUCUGGGGUGUGAACCACUGGGUGGAAGAUCUCUUUUUCUCUUUGUUUCUCCCUCUCUCUUUGUAAUUCUGCCUUUCAAAUAAGUAAAAUAAAUAUAUAUUUUUUAAAUAUUGGGACAAUACUUUUGAGUUACUUUUUUUUUUUUUUUCUUGUUUAUUUGAAAGGCAGAGAGAGAGAAGAGAGGGAGAGAUCUUCUAUCUGCUGGUUCACUCUCAAAUGCUCCAACAGCCAGGAGUAGGCCAGGCUGAAGCCAGUGGCCAGGAACUCCAUUCGGGUCUCCCAUGUGGGUGGCAGGAACCCAAGUACUUGGACCAUCAUUUGCUGCCUCUCAGCAGCCCCAGCUGUUUGACUUCAUGUGAAAGAUGGCUAAUGCAGAAGUGAGCGUCCCAGUGGGGGAUGUGGUUGUGGUACCCACAGAAGGAAAUGAAGGGGAGAACCCUGAAGACACUAAAACCCAAGUGAUCUUGCAGUUGCAGCCUGUUCAACAAGGUUUGUUUAUCGAUGGACACUUUUACAACAGGAUUUAUGAAGCUGGGUCGGAAAACAACACGGCAGUUGUAGCAGUAGAAACUCACACGAUACACAAAAUUGAAGAAGGGAUUGAUGCAAGCACCAUAGAAGCAAAUGAGGAUAUGGAAAUUGCUUAUCCCAUAACUUGUGGGGAGAGCAAAGCCAUUCUCCUAUGGAAGAAGUUUGUAUGUCCUGGAAUAAAUGUGAAGUGUGUCAAGUUCAAUGAUCAGUUGAUCAGCCCCAAGCAUUUUGUUCAUCUGGCUGGAAAGUCUACCUUGAAGGACUGGAAGAGAGCCAUUCGUCUGGGUGGAAUCAUGCUCAGGAAAAUGAUGGACUCUGGACAGAUUGAUUUUUACCAACACGACAAAGUUUGCUCCAACACCUGCAGAAGCACCAAAUUUGAUCUUCUCAUCAGCAGUGCAAGAGCUCCAGUGCCAGGACAGCAGACAAGUGUGGUGCAGACACCCACUUCGGCUGAUGGUAGCGUCACACAGAUUGCCAUCUCAGAAGAGAGCAUGGAGGAGGCAGGGCUGGAGUGGAACUCUGCUCUCACCGCUGCAGUCACCAUGGCCACAGAGGAGGGUGUAAAGAAAGACUCAGAGGAAAUCUCAGAGGACACUUUGAUGUUCUGGAAAGGAAUAGCUGACGUGGGGCUGAUGGAAGAGGUUGUCUGCAACAUACAGAAGGAAAUAGAGGAGCUGCUCCGGGGAGUUCAGCAGCGGCUCAUCCAGGCUCCUUUCCAGGUCACAGAUGCCGCUGUUCUCAACAAUGUAGCACAUACAUUUGGCCUAAUGGACACAGUCAAGAAGGUUUUGGACAACAGAAGGAACCAAGUAGAGCAAGGGGAAGAGCAGUUUCUCUAUACUCUGACAGACUUGGAACGCCAGUUGGAAGAGCAGAAGAAGCAAGCUCAGGAUCACAGGCUGAAAUCCCAGACAGUCCAAAAUGUGGUGCUGAUGCCCGUGAGCACCCCUAAGCCUCCUAAACGGCCCCGGCUCCAGCGGCCAGCCUCUACCACCGUCCUGAGCCCCUCUCCUCCUGUCCAGCAGCCUCAGUUCACAGUCCUCUCACCCAUCACCAUCACGCCUGUGGGCCAAUCGUUUUCCAUGGGCAAUAUUCCAGUGGCCACUCUCAGCCAGGGCUCCAGUCCUGUGACUGUGCACACACUGCCUUCCGGCCCUCAGCUCUUCCGCUAUGCCACAGUGGUUUCCUCGGCCAAGAGCAACUCACCAGACACAGUGACCAUCCACCCUUCCUCGAGCUUGGCACUGCUGAGCUCCGCCACCAUGCAGGAUGGGAGUCCCCUGGGCAACAUGACCACCAUGGUGAGCCCUGUGGAGCUAGUGGCCAUGGAGUCUGGCCUGACCUCAGCAAUCCAGGCUGUUGAAAGCACUUCAGAGGAUGGGCAGACCAUCAUUGAGAUUGACCCAGCCCCAGACCCAGAGGCUGAUGAUACUGAGGGCAAAGCAGUCAUCUUGGAGACAGAGCUGAGGACUGAGGAAAAAGUGGUGGCUGAGAUGGAAGAACACCAGCAUCAAGUCCACAACGUGGAGAUUGUGGUCUUGGAGGAUUGACUGGGUAUCUAGGGGCCAGGAGAUAGGUUUUGGUUUGGAAUUUAAUUAUUUGUUUAUUUUUAUCAUUGUCCCAUUCAUUUCCACAUAGGAUCCUUCUUUUUUGUUGUUUAAAACAAAAUCUCAUUGUUGUAACUGAAAAUGUUGGGUUCCUUCUGCCCCCUCACUGAAAAAUGGACGCAACAAGCUACCCUUUCAGAAGCUGAGAGCAGAUCACUCUGUGUCCUAAUACCGAGAAAGUUAUUUCUUUUAGGGGAGCUGUCAAGUUAACUAGAAACUCUUCCAGGCUAGUCUGUCUGUGUCCGCAUGUAGUUUCAUUCUUUUAAGGAUGUGUUGACCAAACUCUGGAACACAGAUCUGACACUGGAAGGCAACCCACUUGCAUGUGGAUGCAGAAGGGCACUUUUAUUUUGUAUCCUGGAAGGGGCCCCCAGAGGCCAGAGCGAAACUCGGAAACAAAAGGAAGUUGAACUCUGCUUGGAAGGGAGGUGGCAUGCCAGCAGCCACUUGAGAGGGCAGGUGCUUUGAAGAAGAUGGGGCAAGGGGAUUUUCUUUCUUCCAGAGGUGCGACUGUGCCCCUGAGAUCUCUGAGGCUACCAUGGCUGUGACUCUGAGAGGAGGCCAGUGAUGAGUGGGAGAGCACAUCCCCACCGAGCCAGUGAGGCAGUGGCCUGUGGCUGUGGGGAAAGUAGAAGCUGGGUGACUUUGGUCUUCAUGGUGGUAGCCACCUUGCCCCUCACUUUGUCAAAGCACUUACCCUCCUGAACUAGGACCAGUCCAACCAUUGCACACUGUGACAUGGUGGAAGUUGCUCUGGGUCUGGGACUGUGACUGCCGUGGGAGUGUGGCCCAGGGCUGGCGUUUCUAUCGGGUGACUUCAGGAGCAGAGGCGUUCUUGUCCAGAUCAGCUGCCGUGGUUGCUGGGCCUUUAUUAUUAUUAUUGUUGUUGUUGUUGUUAUUAUUAUUUGGCUUUGGAACCAAAAGCAGCCACUCGUUUGGUGCUUCCUCUCGUUCUCCCCACCAUCCUUCAACUCCCAGCGGCAUCUGUCUCCUGGAUCCCACGCUUGUCAGCUUUUUGGCUGAUUUGGAGAGCAGUGACAGGUGCCUGCCUGCCUUCCUUCCCGUUUAGAUUUUUAUACCACAGAUGUUUCUGUGAGAUGUUGAGCUCAUAAAAAGCCGUAGGCUUGGCAGGGAAGACUCCACACCCCCUGCCUUUGCUGAGGCACCAACUAGCUGUCUCCUCCUGAGCGAGCUGGACUCCCUGGGAAAGAAGCAUUAUCUGCAACAUUAUAUUAUAGGAAAUGUACCAGGAAUGUCAGUAAUAAUGUCCUUGGGGGGCUUCUUUUGUUUUCUUUCUUUUUUAAAAAAAUGUUGUUUGUAUAUUUAGAGCUGGGCCAUUUUCCAUGCUGUGAUUCCUUCUCUUUGGCCCUCCUCAGCGUUUGGGGCAAGAGUGGACCCUGGUUUUUAUUUCUUUGGUUGCAUUGUUUACUGCACUAGGAAAAACAUAGGGAAACUGCAAAUGAUUUAAAGGAAGAAUAGGUCAUAAAAGGAAGCACACACUUUAGGAGUGGGAGGGGUUUUGUUUUUGUUUUUUAAUUAAAAGCAAAACUUUAACCUGG